AUGACGAAAGUGCUCAAGCACCCUUCUAGAUUGCAUCAUGCACUUCGCAGCACGCGGCAGAGCGAACGGCGAGAGAGUACACGUGGCGGGGAGACGCAGACGUGGAACAUUCGCGAACGUUCGCGAACGCCGUCGCGGCGUCUAUUUAAACGGCGGUCAGCUGGUUGCCAGCACGUCUUUCGAGUUCAACUUCGCUUCAGGAUGUCGUUGUGGAUUCGUCCGGCUUCGCUUUUUCCACGAUUCGUCGAGGAAGCCAUGCGAGACUUCCGCCAUAUGGAACGAAUGAUGUUCGCUCCGCUUAGUCGAGUGAUUCCAUGUGAAACAGUUUCGGAGGCAUCGACAACUGAGCACGUCUUUCGAGUUCAACUUCGCUUCAGGAUGUCGUUGUGGAUUCGUCCGGCUUCGCUUUUUCCACGAUUCGUCGAGGAAGCCAUGCGAGACUUCCGCCAUAUGGAACGAAUGAUGUUCGCUCCGCUUAGUCGAGUGAUUCCAUGUGAAACAGUUUCGGAGGCAUCAACAACGGAGAUGAUCAACAAUGAGUCCAAAUUUGCGGUGACGAUCGAUGUGUCAAAGUUCAAGCCAGAGAACCUGAAAGUUAAUAUCGAUGGACGACAGUUGACCAUUGAAGGAAAGGAGGAGAAGAAUGAGGACAGCAGUUAUUCUAUGAGGUCUUUUGUUCGCCAAUGGGUGCUCCCAGAGAACGUUGAUCUGGAAGCCAUUAAGUCUUCUCUGUCCGAUAGUGGCCAUCUUUCCAUUGAAGCACCGAAGCUGGCCAAGGCGACUGAGUCCGGACGAAGCAUUCCUAUCGAACGAGUCAGUGAGAAGAAGUGA